AUGGGGAGGAGGGAGGGGGGUGGUGGACCAGAGUCGAGAGCAAGAGCCAAUGCCUAUGCAGAAAGGGAUUCCGUUAAGUUUUCCGCUCCCAGCGUGAGGGAUCGGCAGGGGGAGCAGUUUAAGGGGACGAGGGGUCGCGACAAGGCUCGGGUCCAGGGCGCCCCAGGCCAGGCCCAGGUCCACGGGCGGUCGCCACUGGAGGUUGGCCGCAAGCGGAAAGUGAUGCAGCGAGAGAAAAUGUGGGUGCCCUGGAACGGGCUAAUCGUGAUCGGGAAGAGAGUGGAGCUCCUGGAUAGAAAUACGCAAAAGUCUAAGAUGUGGGAGCCCAAGCUUGAGUCUGACGACUGGAGACUAGAAGAUGUGGAAAAGACCGUCUUGAAAGAGGAAGAUGGAGAGAGGCUGGUGUCCAGUAAAGAGGAGUUGGCAUCCAGUAGAGAGAAGUUGGCAUCCAGUAGAGAGAAGCUGGUGUCCAGUAAAGAGAAGUUGGCAUCCAGUGGAGAGAAGCUGGUGUCCAGUAAAGAGGAGUUGGCAUCCAGUAGAGAGAAGUUGGCAUCCAGUAGAGAGAAGCUGGUGUCCAGUAAAGAGAAGUUGGCAUCCAGUGGAGAGAAGCUGGUGUCCAGUAAAGAGGAGUUGGCAUCCAGUAGAGAGAAGUUGGCAUCCAGUAGAGAGAAGCUGGUGUCCAGUAAAGAGAAGUUGGCAUCCAGUGGAGAGAAGCUGGCAUCCAGUAAAGAGGAGUUGGCAUCCAGUGGAGAGAAGCUGGUGUCCAGUGGAGAGGAGCUGGUAUCCAGUGGAGAGGAGCUCAGAUCAGGUAGAGAGAAGUUGAGACACAGUGGAGAGAGGCAGAAAUCAAGUACAGGAGAGAAGCUGAGAUGGAGAGAAGAGACAGUGGAGUCUAGUGGAGAGAAGCGGAAGUUCAGUAGAGAGCGGCGAAUGUCAAGUGUGGGAGAGAAGCUGGAGUCCGGUGGAGAGAAGCCAAGUUUCAGUGGAGAGAGACGGAAAUCAAGUGGAGGAGAGAAGGUGAGAUGGAGUGGAGAGACGAUGGAGCCCAGUGGAGAGAAGCGGAAGUUCAGUAGAGAGCGGCGAAUGUCAAGUGUGGGAGAGAAGCUGGAGCCCAGUGGAGAAAAGCAGAGGUUCAGUGGAGAGAGACGGAGAUCGAGUGGAGGAGAGAAGCUGAGAUGGAGUGAAGAGACGAUGGAGCCCAGUGGAGAGAAGCGGAGGUUCAGCAUCAGAGAGGGGCGAAUGUCAAGUGUGGGAGAGAAGCUGGACUCCAGCGGAGAGAAGCCAAGAUUCAGUGGAGAGAGGCGAAGGUCGAGUUUGGGAGAGAAGCUGAGGUUCGCUGGAGAGAGGCGAAGGUCGAGUGGAGGAGAAAAGCUGAGGUCAACUGGAGAGGAUUUCAAAUCCAUUGAGGAUAGAAUGGGAUCAAGUGCAGAGAAUCUGGGAUCUAGUGAGGAGAACCUAGGAACUAGUGGGGAGAAGCUGGAGAUUGGAGGAGAGAAGUUGAAAGAUACAAGAAUGGGGAGCAUAGAUGAAGAGAAAAAUGAAAGAGUGGUAAAAGAUACUGGUGAUGAAAGAAUGACAGAAUUUAUUGAUGAUGAGCUGGAAAUCCCUUUGGUACGAGUAGAAGGGAGUAACAAAGAACUUGAAAGGAUUGAGGAAGGGGUGGAAGUUGAAGGGGACACCUUGCGUGAAGUGAACAGUAUUACCAAUGAAUCUGUUUCUAUGGGAGAGAAAGAUACUGUAGGCGAAGAUAUCCGUGAAUGAGGCAGAUAAAGGAGUGAAGCUGAAGAAGGAAUGAGAAGCAGAUAACUGAAGUAUUGAAAGUCAGAGAGGAGAAAUUAGAGCCAAGAAGAGCAUUAUUGAUCCUGAAAGGAUAGAGAGAGGAAAGUCUGAUGCUCUAAGAACAGAGACAGGAAUGAAUUCCUGGGGAAAAAGACGGAAGCCAGUACCAAAGGAAAGGAAGAACGGUAAAGAGAGAAAGGAGAACAUCUUGAGGAGAAAGAAAAACUGUGUUAAUAAGUGAAGAAAAAUUGGUUAUUGAUUUCUUGGAGAAGAGCUAUGACCAAGGAGCCUGUAGGGAGAUGUUUGAGAAAAGGAUUUAGGAUGGGUUAGAAAUGCAUUUCGUUUAAGAUGUGAUUGAGUAUCUGAGAUGUAGGAGAAUGCAUAAUGAGAAAAAUGGAGAAUUACAGCAGGAGAAAAGAUAGAUAUCGAGGGCUGUGGAAGGAGAUGCAGUCUGAAGUGAGCGACAUUUCAGAAAGAGGAUCCCAAAGAAGGAGUUCCAGAGACAAAAACAAGAGAGGAGACGAGAAAAUAAAGAAGAAAAAAAAUCUCUACCUUCCCAAGAUCAUCUCUCCUGGCUUCCUCUGGUGACUCUGAGAGCUGAGGAAUUGUCUCUCUUAUAAGAGGACUUCAUCAGCACUAGGUUGAGACUAGGGCAAUUUUCGGUUGUGGAAGUCUCUCAGAUUGCACUGCACAGUAUACGAAAGGUGAACUAAACAAUCGAAUUUGUUCUUUGGCUGGAUUCCAUUUUCCCCUGGAAUAUAAGAUGCAUUCUAUUGAGGCCACAGAAAGAAAAGUGAAGAUCAAGACACCACGAACCAUGCUAGCCACCUUAGUCCCCGUGGUCAGAAACUGGCCCUGUUAAGCCACAGAUGAGAGACUAAAAGGCUUAAACCUACGGAACGGUCCCCCGAGAGGCUCCGGGUAUGGUUUCCACUGAGACACUUCAGGGCAGAGGACUCCAUUGGCUGCUUGGAGACCUCCUUGACACAGGCCGGAUCUGCACCAUGGCUCCAGCAGAAACACACAGCCAGGACUCUCCCCUCACCAGAGCAGUAAAAGAAAGCUCUCACCUAUGCCCUGGAGGUUAGACCACCCCCCAUCCCAGAAGAUCCUGCUGAGUGAGCACCUUGCAGGUGGCACAAUCACCCAGAAGCCCUCCCCUGCACCUGAUGGGACAGCCCCUGGGACACAGCUGUCUCCUGCCACUCCCACUGUGGCACCAGCACUGUGGUGGGGAAAAUCACUGGAUGCAAGAAAGUCAAUGGUUGGAACAAACGGAAUUUCUUUGUCCUUUGUAAAAGUCAACACGUGAUCGGUUACUGAUUGGGAUGUAAAAUAAAACUAAAAAUAACA